UUGUUAUUUUGAGGUUAUAACUUGAAAGAUAUAUUGCCAUUACUUCAAAGUUCUAACUUUAGAUAUUCUGAGUGGUUACACAACGUGGUUCAGUUUUUUAAUAAAAUUUUAAGCAUGACAGAUUGUUGGGAAAAUCAUAUUUCAUCCGGUUAAUCUCAGAUUUAUCGUAUUAAGUUGGAAGCAACGUACCAACGUGGUUUCCUUGGCAAAGUGUUUUUUUCAAUCCAAGUUCAAUUUGUGAUAAAUUAAAACUAUGACUUCUCCAAAUAAGUUCACUUGUAUAUCGUGUAGAGUAGCUUUUAACGAUGCGGAAAUCCAGAGGAAGCAUUAUAAGUGUGAUUGGCAUCGCUACAACUUAAAACGGAAGGUGGCAGGGUUGCCCCCUAUUUCAGCGGAGGAGUUUCAAACUCGGGUUCUUCAGUUCAAAACCACCGCUGAAAAUGCCAAUAGUAAUGAUGGAAUCUACUGCAUGGUUUGUAAAAAAAGUUUUACCACAGACAAAUCCUAUGAUAACCAUAAAAAUUCCAAGAAACACCAAGAAAAUGAGUUCAGGUCAGAAAUUCAUCAGGGUAAUGGUACUCCAGUUUCAGUUGUUCUCAAGAAGAAAGAUCAGACAAGUGAAUCAAGUAGCAAAAUGGAAGUAGAGGAUGAGGCGGAUGAAGAAAUUGAAGAAGUUUCUGAUUUUUCUGAUGAUGAUGAAAUAAGUGAAGACAAUCCAAUAGCCAACGACUCCUGUUUAUUCUGUCCUUACACCAAUGAAGAUCUGGCCGAAAUCGUUCAACACAUGACUUCAGAGCAUUCAUUCUUCAUCCCUGAUAUUGAAUAUUUAGUCGAUCUUAAAGGAUUGCUUCUGCAUCUAGGAGAAAAACUAUGCCGUUGGCACAUUUGUCUAUGGUGUGAAAAAGCUUAUCCAUCAAUAAUUGCUGUCAGAAAUCACAUGUCCGAUAAAGGCCAUACGAAAAUGUUGCACGAAGGUUCUGCAUUAGUCGAGUACACAGACUUCUACGACUACAGCACAAGUUAUCCAGACAAUGAUGGAGAUGUCAGCAUGGAUUCUGAAGUUAAUGUGCCCAUAAUAGAUGAUUCAGGAUUCCAGCUUGUUCUUCCGUCAGGAGCUUCUAUAGGACAUCGAUCAUUGAUGAAAUAUUAUCGGCAAAAUUACAAUCCGCACCGGGCGCUUGUACCAACAUCGUCAAACAACAAAUUAGCAAAAAUUAUGGCCCAAUAUCGUGCUCUUGGCUGGAAUGGAACCUCUAAAGAAGUUGCUGCAAAGAAAGCAAAGGAUAUUAAGUACAUGCAUUACGUCAAACAGAAGUAUAGAAUGCAAGUUGGAGUGAAAGCAAACAAGCUGCAGAAACACUUCCGGCCGCAAGUCAUAUUCUAGGUGCAUACUGACCUAUCGUUUUCUCGUUGUAAGAAUUUUUUUUUUUUUUUAAAUAAAUAUUUUACAUUUCAGCAA